ACAGUAGAGGUAAGCUGUUUGUUCUGGUCGCAGGAAGAACAUCAAGGAGAUCCAGACAACAACAACAACAACAACAAUGAAAAGCGAGACCAAGAGGAGGCUGAGGGAGAGGUGUCGCCUGAGGACGGACAUCUUCAAGGAGUUCCUGGCGGAGUUUCUGGGGAUAUUUGUCCUGAUACUCUUUGGAUGUGGUUCAGUGGCCCAGGCGGUGCUCAGUAGAGGGGCUCUCGGGGAGCCCAUGAGCAUCCACAUAGGCUUCACCAUAGGAGUCAUGAUGGGCGUCUACGUAUCAGCAGGAGUGUCAGGAGGCCACGUGAACCCGGCAGUCUCUCUGGCCAUGGUGAUCCUGGGGAAGCUGCCACUGAAGAAGCUCCCUGUGUACCUGGUGGCUCAGUUCCUGGGUGCUUUCACUGGAUCCUGUGCCGUCUAUACGUUGUACUAUGAUGCUUUGAUGGACUAUAGCGACGGAGAAUUAUUUGUUACUGGUGCCAAUGCCACAGCCAACAUCUUUGCAUCUUAUCCUGCCAAACAUCUCUCCCUCCUAAAUGGGUUUGUGGAUCAGGUCUACUCAGCUGGCGCUCUGGUCCUGUGCAUCCUGGCCAUCACUGACAAGAAGAACAGUGGUGUCCCAAAAGGCAUGGAGCCUCUGCUCAUCGGCUUGGCCAUCAUGGGCAUCGGAGUGGCCAUGGGACUGAACUCUGGCUAUCCCCUAAACCCAGCCCGAGACCUCGGCCCACGGGUCUUCACGGCUGUGGCCGGCUGGGGCCCGGAUGUCUUCAGAGCUGGAGGCUGCUGGUGGUGGAUCCCUGUGGUAGGGCCCAUGGUUGGCGGAGCAGUCGCAGCCUGCAUUUACUGUCUCUUCAUUAAGUUUCACCACCAAGAGACGGAAAAACCGGAGGAGAACAACAUCCAGGACCAAUAUGGAAUGAUAACCUUGAGUUAAAAAAAUCUUCCUCUAGCUCACUGUUUUUUUUUACAUUUCUAAGAUACAAUCACAGCUGAUUGUUUAAUACAAGGCAUGCAUGUCCAGCAAUAUGAUGCAUGUAGAUCUAUAGUAUGCUGAUGUGAGUUGGGAUAAAUGUUGUUGGUUACAUAGGCAUAUAUAUUUGAGAUUAUAUUGUAUUGUAUUGAAUAUUCUGCAACAACACGUUGUGAAGCCUUAUUUGGCAACUCGACAAUCACAUAUAUUUUUAUUUAUUUGUCUUUUGUUCUUUUGUGAAAGAACAACAAUUGUGAAAGAAGUCAAUUAAUGUGAGUGUCCAUUUAACUUCAAACCCUUUAUGUGGCCUACAUUUGAGUCAGAGUCAUUACAAUGUGCAUAUUUGAAAAGAUGUUUAAGUUUAUUUGAUUGAAUCUUGUUUUUUUACAUGUUGCUCUCACUAUGUUAUUCUUUCACGGCGUAUUAUUAAGGUAUAGUUACUUUCUCAAGUAUUCUUUCUAGUAUUCUUUUUUUCUUUCAAAUGAUUCAGUGUAUCCUAUAUUGAACAAAAAUUGUGUUUUGUUCACACUUGUUAUGUAGGUUUUCUAAAAAUUACAAAUAAGCAGAAGUUUAGCUAAAUAUAUUGCUGUGACAGUAUGGGAAAGCUCCCCUCCCAUUGUUUGCAUACAACUCACAUGUGUGCAUUAGGCACGUUGUAGAGACGACUGGGACAUUUGAACCGAACACAGCCAUCAUUGAAGUUAAUUCGAAUAAUUUUGAAUGAUUUUAUUUUCAGUUUACACUCGAAUCGGGAAAGAAUAUGAAAAACAAAUGAUUCUUUAAAUGAUGUUGAUGUCUUACUCUCAUAAUGUCCUACGUCCCCUGUGGGAACUUUAACAUUCAUUUCCUGGGGACUAAGCAUAAUCCUAACCCCUAUUUACCUAACACUAUAUUCAAAGGCCAAAACUGAGGCAAAAGCUUUGUCCUAAACUGGACGAGACAUAACCAAUUGACAUAUAUCCCCCAAAUGUAGCUUUGUUGUUAUAGUCAAGCACCCCAGUAGGUCAAUGCAUGGCCAGGAAUCAUCAAUUGAAUUAAAGCAGUGAUACAUAAAUAUUUAAACGAAGACAAGUGGAAGAGCUUACAUAACUUUUCACAGUUCAGUGGUUUUAAGGGCUUUUCCCGCAGAGCACAUCCUUUCUUUGACUUAGAUAAUAUCUGCUUCACAUUAAUGAUGGAUGACACGAGCUACGAGUUUUCUGUCUUUAUUCUGUUUCCUCUAGACAUGAUUUAUAGUAUUAUGGAUUGAGAGCAUACAAUCACUGUCGUAUUUGUAUGCAUUUUACUUUACCACGCUGGAUGAGUAUCAAAACACUGUGUUUGAACACACAUGGGCGCUCAAACACACACACGCACGCGCACACAGGCACACACGCACGCAAACACGCACAAAUUAUUUGGAAAAGCAAAGGUUCCUCUUGUUGCUUUUCAGAACUGUUCACCUGUGGAUGUGACAUCACACAUUAGACAAACUGUGACUUUAACUCUUUGGCUGCUGAACUGAAUUGAGCCUUUACAGAAAGUCGUGUGUUUACAGUGUGAGAUGUUAUUCGGUUCAUGGUAAAUGUCACCUGAGCCUGAACUAUGAAAACAAUGUGCCUGCGUGUGUUUAUAUGUGUGAAUACUGAGCUGAUAUACUGUCUUUUGGUUAUACAUCGUAUAAUACAAAUAUAGUUAUUCAACAAUGCCAGUUCGAGUAUUAAUGUGUGUGUACAUCAGGGCUGGUAAAUUAGACAUUAUCAAGAAUUACCGCAAUAUCAUCAAUAUUUCCAAAGUUCAACGCAUUGUCUAAACACAGUGUGGAACAUAGCUGGUCCACCUCAUAUUUAUAAAAAAAACAAAUUGCAUCCAUCUUUAAACUCAGCAGAAAUAAUAAUGUGACAUUAAUGAUGAUGAUGCAUUCAUUGAGCUACAUUCACUAGUAUUCAAAUUUUAGCCUCUGCACAUCAAGAUAAAUUGUGGGGAAUUUGUAUUUAAUUGUUUUUUGUGUAAAAAAAUAAAGAUUGAUUA